GCAACAUUUCAGCUCUUCUUCUCCAAACAAUUUCUGUUCUUUCCUCUCUAUAUCUCCAGGUAUUGUAUUCUUAGAUAUAGAGAGAUAGAAUACAGCCAUUUUCAAUUUUGAAUAUCUCUCUCUUCCUGUGAUCCAAUCCACCACCGCGCGCUACCGUCUCUUACCGGCGAGGAGACGAGCACCAGGAUACCAUGGUAUUCCGUCUCUUCGCUUGUUUUGGCAGGGGUGGGUCGGAGAACGAAGGAGGUAAUGGGAAGAGCAGCAGCGCGGUAGACGUGGCCGCAGAGGGGCCGGUCGUGGUGGAGCUGUUCUCGUCGCAGGGAUGCGCGACGUCACCGGAGGCAGAGGUGCUAAUAUCGAGGCUGGGGAGAGGGGACUUCCAGCUGAAUGUGCCCCUGAUGGUGCUGGCGUAUCACGUUGAUUACUGGGAUUACGCGGGGUGGAAGGACCCUUAUGGUUCAAGCCAAUGGACUGUGAGGCAAAAGGCUUAUGUAGAGGCGUUGAAGCUCGACACCAUGUUUACUCCACAGGUGGUGGUUCAGGGGACGACCCAGUGUGUUGCUAACGAUCAGGAUACUUUGCUGUCCACCAUUUGUAAUGCACCCAGGUUCCCUGCUACAGGCUUCCAGGCGACUUUCCAGAGACCAACAUCAGAGUCCUUGCAAGUGUCCAUCUCUGGAGCUCUAAGGACAAAGAUAGACAGCAACGGGGUUGAUAUCAUGUUGGCAUUGUACGAGAAUAGAUUGGUGAAUGACUGUCCCAGCGGAGAGAACAAAGGGAAAGUACUGGUCAAUGACUUUGUAGUGAGAAAACUUGAGAAGGUCUGCACCGUCAAAGACAUGAAUGCCACGAAGACAGUGACCGGAACUGUUACUCUAGCCCUCUGGGAUGGCUUCAAUAGUAGUAAAUGUGGUGUAGCUAUCUUUCUUCAAAACAAAGCCCAUCAAAUCUUCGGUUCACAGAACUUUCAGCUACCAGAUGAUGUAUGAGAUUGAAUUUGAUUCUUUCACAAUUGCGUUUCCUGGCUUUGACAACUUUUUGGCACUUCAUGUACAGGAUGUGUUCUGCUUUAGGUUUAUUGAUUUCAUUUCUUAACCUCUAUACUCCACAUUCUUCAUCCUAUUGUUUCUGUUUUGUGGUAGAGAAGAUGGAUUGAGAAGCCAAUGUACCUACCUUUAGCCCGGAAUUUGGAAUGCGAAGGCAGUCCAG